AUGGUAUCCCGCCAACACCAACAGCAACUUUCUGAUGAUAAUGAUGAGACAACAUCACUGAUACACCCCAAUCAAGCACUCAACGAAGACGGCACAGCAGCAGUGUUUGAAUUAAGAUGGUUCAUUCGCAACAGCUUAUCUAUUGUUGGCUACUAUGCUUUAACGCUGAUGUCAAGAACAGUGGGUGUUGUUGCCUGUGGUCACUUGGGAUCUACUGAAUUGGCUGCAUCAGCGCUGGCGUUGAUGUUCGCAUCCAUGACAGCCUUUAGCAUUACGUAUGGUGCGAUGAGUGCUCUUGAUACACUAAGCUCACAAGCCUGGACCGGGGCACGAGAUAAAACGCUGAUUGGCAUUCAUCUACAACGCACCUUUCUCAUCCUUGGUGUCAUGUACAUGGUUACAGCUGUUCUUUGGUUGAAUGCAACAAGGCUGUUUCUAACAAUAGGGCAAGAUCCAGAUGUUGCACAUUAUGCAGGCCUCUAUCUCCGCUAUUAUUUAUUGGGUGCACCUGCUUACAGCUACUUCGAGGCGAUACGUAAAUACACGCAAGCACAAGGUGUUAUGGGUGCAAGCAUCACUGUGCAGUGUGUGGUGGCUCCAUUCAGCAUCUUGCUCACCUAUGUAUUGACAUUUUGGAUGCAACUUGGAUUUGUGGGUGUGCCCUUAGCACAAAGCAUUACCUACUGGAUGAUGUUAUUGGGUAUCAUCCUAUAUGCAAAGAUGGUGCGUGGAAGUGAAGGUUGGGGAGGAUGGGACCUUAAAGCAAGCCUUCAAGAUUGGCCCCUAUUUUUUCGAUAUGCUGUACCAGGAAUGAUCAAUGCGGUCUCUGAACUAUGGUGCUACGACCUCUUAUCGCUUGGUGCCUCCUAUAUUGAUGUGGGAGAGAAAGCACUUCUUUUAGCAGCACAAUCCAUCCUCAUGAGCCUCGAUGACCUGACAAGCUCGGUAGGUUGGGGUAUAUCCACAGCUGCAGCUAUCCGUGUUGGGAACCGAUUAGGAGAAAACAAGAUCCCAUGGAUGGCAAUUGUCACCGCUUACAUAUGGGCCACAAUAGCUGGAAGCAUAACAACCUUAAUACUUUGGACGUUGCGGUACGAAAUAGCCCAAUGGUUUGCACCUGCUCCCAACGAUGACCAAGAAAUGGUGCGUGAUGUGGUAGUAAGCCUCAUCCCACUCUUUGCUGUGUAUCUGGUGGCAAAAACAAUCGGCAACACAUGCACGGGUAUCUUGCGUGGUAUUGGACGACCUGCAAUAACGGCAUGGAUCAACAUGGGAUCAUACUAUGGAAUUGGUUGUCCUGCAGCGUACGCCAUGGCAUUCAUAGCAGGCUGGGGUUUGUCUGGUUUAUGGAUAGGGUUGUGCUUGGCAAUCUUCUCAGCAGCAGGGAUACACACCAUUUACAUUGUCAAUAUCCAUUGGUCAACCUUAGUUCAAAAAACACACCAUCGCAUCAAGCACGAAGAAGAGAGGAUGAUAUCGUCAACAUCAUGA